UAAAACUUAACCUUUAUCCUUAUGAGUAGGCAUCGCGACAUUUUAGAUUAGACGUUGUUAUUAUUUGCAGGUACUUUUCGAUACUCUUGGGGAGAAAGAACAUUUGAGCUUGUAGAUGGACCACGUGUAAAUCGGGCCGAUGAUAUCCAGUAAAAAAUCAUGGAGGGGGGCCGAGGGAAAAUCCCAUCUGUCAUUUAUUCUCUCUAAUCUUUGUGGGUUCCUUUUCCUUUUCCUCGUGCCAUCAAUACAUAUGGGAGUAGUACAAAGGAUCUGGGUGACAAAACCUCCAGUUGAUAAAGGAAAGUGUACCUGCGAUUGCUGGGACACAAUAUUUAAAGGUUCUUAUGAAGGGAUGUCUCCAAAUUACAGAUCUGGCUACAAGCAUAUCUACUUUAAUGUCACCUCAAAUGUGCUCUUCAUCUGGGGAAUCUCUCUUCUGUUCCUGCUGUGGACAUUUCAAUGUGUCCGUUUCAUCACUCAGCUGAUCUUACAUGGCCAUCUUAGGAUCUCCAUGGUGAUUGUUGUAGGUGGCUCCAUCUAUCCACACUAUUAUUCCUGGUGGAUGUGGUUCAACUAUCUCAAUGAUGAAUUUUAUUCUCAGUGGAACCAUCAGAUGUUCUUCAGCAUCACCGAAUUGGCAGCUACAUCCAUAGCUCUAUAUCUGUGCGACAGCAGAGUAGACUACAAUACUAGACUUUUGCUUUGCAUGAUCUCCAUAGCAUCCGCCCAUAUAUUCAUCAGUGCAUCUGACCAGUUCUUGCACAACUUAUUCAUUGGGAAUGAAACAUUCAAGAAAUCCAGGGACAUAGGAUUUUUAAUUGGUGACUGCCUGACAGUUUUACUUGGUGCGUUUGAUAUACUAAGGUAUAGCAAAGAUAAUGGUCUAGGCAGAUGGGCGGUUAGUAGUAAUGAAGUGGGUGCUUGUGCGAUUUUUGUUACGUUUCUAGUCUUAGUAGCAACGUUGUUAUAAUUAUUAUCAAUCGGAAAACUUUGAGACAUUUUGCUUGUUUGCUUAUUGUAAAUAUAUGUAUUUGUAUAUCUUAUAAUCUGGUAGCACUGUUAUUCUCAUUGUAAAUGACACUACAACAUUUCACUGAUGGUGUAUAGGAUAGAAAGUAAAUUAUUUGCCUUGAAAAUUGAAAAGGUGCAAGUCCAAACCAUAUUGAAUUAUCAAGCAUUCCAUAUGCUAUUAUUAAACAUUUUGCAGAUGGGUGGUGCUUACUUAUAACACUCGGUGCGGAUAUGUGAGCGAGAUACGGAUUUAAUGGUCAUUUUUAAAUGAAUAUGUAAACCAAGCCGUGUUGGGUAUUCAAUUAUUAUGUCAUCACCAGAAUGUUUGUCUCCAACGUUUUGGGUGACAAAUGGCAGAUUGGUGACAUUUUGCAUGUCGGCCUUAUGGCCAUAUAUUUGGAGAUGACCUAAUAAAAAGGAAAUUAUGUAAAUAGUUGUGUACUUCAUUGUCUAUCAUCGCAAUUAUUUUACCUUAUCUUUCACUUUUGCACAGGCUGA